CUGAGAAAUGAAAUCUUUGUCACUGUCCAAACACAAAAUGCUUCCACCAUCACACCAAUAACAUCACUGGCACCUUUGACAUUUAUUUCUGUAAUUCAUUGCUUGUUUUUAUUUUUUUUCCAUUUUUGCUUUGCCUUUAAGCGCCUCUUUCUAACAUGGCGGACGCGAGCAGGCAUCAGCCACACUGGAGUGCGGACAUCCACCGUGCUAUCAUCUCUCCUCCUCGGUCCAAUCGAGAUAACUCGAGUUGCACGCUGGGAAGCUUUUAAGCGGAAGCGGGAGUCCGGCCAAGGCUCCGAGCCGGCGGGAGUGGUUAGCGAGCUGUCGUCCAGUCGUUGUUGCAGUUGAUGUUCUGAUGUCACCAGACGGCCAUUAUGUUUGACUUCUUUGGAUACCAUCCGAUCACCAUUGUCUGCUGCCACCACUUGUAGCCUGCCGUAGUUAUUACCGCUUCUUCUGGGAACUUGCGCCAUCCGCUGGCCCCUCAUGCGUUUGUGCAGCAGUCACCUUUUCGGUGUGUUGCGCGGUCGCUGCAACGAGCCGGGUCGUGACUGCAAGCGAUACACUAUUCUGCGCCUGUCGGAAAGUCACAACCGGGUGAGGUGUGACUAUUGUGACCACGUCCCAAAUGCACACGGAAAAAUAUGUGACCUCGAAACGAAAAAUGCAGCCGAGGCAAAGGCGCAAUGCAAUGUGCCAGGCACCGUGUUCGAGGCCUCAGUGUCAGAUGAAACCAUGGAAGCUUGUACAUCUAGUCUCUCCUCAGUGCAAUAUGAGAAGACUGUCCCAGUGGGUGCCUCCAUAGAAAAUGAAUCGGUCGGCAUGCCUGUGCAAAAUCACAGCCUGGCUGCUCUAAAGACUCCGCACCGUGGCCCCAUGUGGAAGAGCUCCCAAUUGACAGCCCAGUGGUUGCGAUGGACACAGAGAUCUGCGAUACUGAAUGCGGCCAAGCUCUGCGUUGAAAUGGAGCUUCGUUUUGCAUGCAAGGUUGGGAAGCUCGAAAAUUAGCUGAAAGCAGCUGUUGAAGUGUUUUCUCAGAAGGAGCAGCGAACGUGUUCGUUGCUGGACAUCAGCAAGCACUUGCAAGGCUGCUCUGACUACACAUUGAUCAUUGAGGCUCCACUGCCCAGUGGUGAUAUCCAGAUUGCAGCUCCCAACGUCUACACAUGCAGUGAGCAUACGUGUGUUUAUGCUGGCAGCAGGCAAGAAAUAAUCUGGAUCUCGAACGGCAGCCUGGAGCUAGCUGUAAUUUGUUGUAUUUUAACCUACUACAUCAAGAACCUCGAUUAUCCAUAUGCAUUUGCACCAUUCCUGGCGCUGAUGUAGAAACUGGUGCUUCCCAGCAAUGUUGUGCCUAGAGGGCUCGUUAAUAACAGAUGAAAGUGUUUCUUUGCCCUUCUGAAGAAAAAGAAUGUGCUUUGACUCAAAGUCUAGUUAACAAUUUUCAGCUUGCAUUAAUGUUCGCUUGUUGCCAGGAAGUGGUGAACAGAUGCAUCAUUUUGUGCAUUACAUUUGCAUGCGUUUUUAUAACUGUUUUAUUGAAAAUUACUGUGGUAAUACAUCCAUUCAUGCAAGUGGCACUAAGUAUUGGGCACAAGUAUUUUAUUUAGCUGCUCAAAAUUCUUAAAUUCCUGCAAUGUGAAUUAUGGUGGCCUUAUUUUGUCACUGAGUUAUUCUAACUUCUAGCCUCUAGAUGAUAGAGUAAUUGUGCAGUACUAUGCAUAGCAGUGUCCAAAUGACCUUUUUCAUUAUUGAUUUUAAAUAGGUAGUGCAUUCAAGAAGUUUGAAUCCCAUCCUUGACAUUGUUAGCUACACAGUAACAUAUGUCUUGUAGUAAUUUUAAUAAAAAAACGUUUCAUGUUCGUAUUGUCACAAGGAUCUAAACUGAGAAUUCACUAUGCUGUAAGCAUCAACACUUCCAGCCUUUUGUCAUUUGGCCCUACAAGCCAGCACUUUGCACAUCUCCUUGUUAAGCUUUGUAUGAUGUUUGUAAGAGCAACAAGUUGUGUUUGGAUGCCAGUGGUGGCAAAUGCUAACACUAAGGAAACGUUGCUUAGGUAUAGAUGGGCUGCAUGCAUGCAUGGCCUUGUGGUCCAGUCUUCUUUUUUAGGUUGUUUCACCUAUAGCCAAUACUUUGUAUAUUUUUUGCACUGGCUACAUUGCAUUGGCAGCGUUUUUAUUGACCUGCUCUAAUGCUGCACAGGAUGUGUAAAACUUUUUUUAUGUAGUGUCCAAUGUGGAUCUGAACACAAGUGUCCAGUUUUUGUUCCUGCAAUCUCAUAUAUUUAACCUUUGCCUUGUUUUCUUGUUUCCUGACAGCAGUACAAAUUUUUACAUGGACAGUUAACACGAAUUUAUUGACGACAUGCAUGGCUGAAACACAGUGAUAUGAUGCAAGUGAUAGUAUUCUCUUGAAUUUUCAGAUCUAGUCAUGUGCCAGCAAGGCCUUCUGUAUUUGUUGUGUAUUCUAUGUUGUAUAUGCAAAUAAAAAUGUUGCAUUCUGAAGUUAACCUUAUACUACCUGAGGAACUGUCGGUUUAUACUCAAAUUAUUUAUACAAGCUAACGGUGCCUCCACUUCAGGCGUUCAAAUCGUGUUUUGAACUGUAUUUUUGGGAACAUUACCAUUACAUAUUUGCUCAAAAUAUGUCGCACGGGGAGCUUCAUUUCGCCAGAAAUCCCAAGGGAUACUAGUAUACUAGUAUCAUAGUAGCCCUUUGUUGGCUGAAAUACAACCAUUUAAUGACUGAAAUGGAAGUAAACUUUUGAUACCACAUUCAGCUGAGCGUUUCUUUCUUUUCAGGGAAUUUCAUAUGAGCCCCGCUCUUUACAUGGUCCGACGACCCGGGUGCGGCCUAGCAACGGGGAGGCGCCACCUCAUGGGUUUUGUACCAGAAAGGCCAAAUCUCCGCAUGGUACACCGUGCCGGCUGCCACCAAACAUCAGAGGUGCGUCAUUUCCUUCUUGCGCGCUUCUCUCUCCUUGCGCCUCGUCUUUCUUGCGCGCUUCUUUCCGCGGUCGGAUUAGGCAGCCGACAACCAUGCCCGGAGAAACGUGAGCCCUCGCGGAGGACGCCACUCGGCCAGUCCUUUUUGGACACUGUCUUUACACGCGUUUGCGCUUCGAAAUAGUUCACCUGUCCACCUCGUGUGGUUUCCACAGGAAAGGGUGUCCCUGUGUCUUUCUCAGCCUAAGCAAAAAAAAAAAAGGGAAAGAAAACUGCGUUUAGCUGGAAAUUUACGCAAGCCGUAACAUCUCUUCGACUGCAACGAUAUCUAGUCAAUAAAUGCUCUAGCUAUCAAAAAGCACAACAACGAGGAGCGCGGUAGUACAGAUAUCUACUUACGAAUGGCAUAGCAAGUGACAUACGCAUACUGUUUUGGGGUACAAUCGUGUAGCUGUUUAGCAAUAAAUGAAGCAAAUUUUUGCUUUGCUUAUGAACAACGGUAAGUGUUCAGACCCUUUACCCGUGCUGUUGCUGUUUU